AUGAAGUUUACACUUGUUCAAUGGAAAGCCACCAAAGAGCCAGCCGCAAGUCACAGAAAAGUUGGCCACGGUUAUAUAUUGCCAAAAGUUGCUGAGAAGUCACAAGUCACAGAAGUCACAAGAUUUGGGGGAGAAAGCAGCACAGAACUUUCUCAUUCCUUCCUCGACCUCGACCUCGACUUUCCUCACGCGGUUGUGAACUUGCCCAACUUGUCAGUCGAACUCACUCACCACCGCAUUGUACAAUUUUUCCGGCAACAUUAUCAACGUGGUUCCGUUGUCAUCAACCACGCCGUCAUCCACUCUGCGGUUCAACCUCGGCAGCAUAUUCGGCACGAGGAUAGUCCUCUCCCUCACAGAUAUCCCGGCGAGUCCAAUGCAGUAGAAAUAAGGAUGCUUCAGUUGAGUUGCUUCCCGCCGACCACCACACGCGACGGAAGGUAUACGGGAGAGGGUUGGAUCCGCUUCACGCCGGUAAUCCCCAUGGCUUUAAGGGGGGUUUGGCAGCUCAACAAGCUGAUUGUCAGCUAUUGCGACUGGGGUGGAAGUAGCAGAGGUAUAAGGUUUUCUGAAUUACUAUAG